AAGACUUUAAAAGCAAAAACAGGACAAUCAAUUGUGGUCUCAAUCAAAGACUUUAGAAUCUCAAUCAGGUAGUAUAGUGUAAAAAGGAAAAUGGAGAUACAUUAUAUAUGCUCUGUUAAUUUCGACCAUUGGAUUGAGAGAGACUCUUGCACUUGUGGUCUUGCAUGAACAUACGUGUUCUUCUAUAAGCCAAACAUAACAUUUUCAAGACUUUUACGUCAAAACGAGUUACAGAGUUAUUUGGUGGUGUUUGAUUGGUUUCAGACUUUGCAGUGGUCCCAAAGAAGAGAAAGAGAAGCCAUUUCAUUGGUUCGGUAUUCUCUUUAACAUGUUACUCUCUCUACUACUCUGGUCUUCAGCAAAAUCUGAAAAGACAAGUAAAAUAUAUUGAUGUCUCUUCAACGACGCAAUGGGAACUCGAGUUCCUUUUCUUCCCCCAAGAAGCACAAAACUGAGGAGAGUGACGAGGAGGAGUUGUUGAUGGUUCUUGACAUGGAAGCAGCUGGAUCAACAGGUGUUCUAAGCAGCAACGCCGACGACGGAGUCAGCAAACCGGAGAUUGACCAGACCCAAAACGUAACUUCAACCGCCAAGCGGGGCCGUGGACGAGACCCAGUCGAUAAAGAAUACAGAAGCCACAAGCGAUUGUUGAGGAAUAGGGUAUCGGCACAAGAAGCGAGGGAGAGGAAGAAAGUGUAUGUGGGUGAUAUGGAAUCAAGAGCUAACGAGUUGCAGAACAACAAUAAUGAGCUUGAGGAGAAGAUCUCUACUUUGAUGAACGAGAACACAAUGCUUCGCAAAAUGCUUAUCAACACUAGGCCUAAAGCUGAUGACAGUCACUAGGAUGAUAAAAAUCCUUUAACUAACUCAAGAGCAUCUCCAAAACACAGUAUAUAACUUCAAAUAUGAAGUUUUUUACUGUUCUUUCUCCAAAAAGAAGUUUAAAGAAAAAGAAGUUUUGAAGAGUGAAAUUCUGUAUUUGAAGUUUCACUCCUCAAAACUUGAAGUUUCAUAUUUUUAUUUGCAUUUUGGUCUCUAUAAUCACACAUCAAUAUUUUUUUGUUUAUUGUUUUAAUCCUUAAAAAAGUUAUAUCUCAUAUAUAUUUUAAUUUUUGUUUA